CUCUACUAGUCUACUAACUCCACAUCCACACUGAUCACGUCUGUUUAGACUUCUAUGGCUGCAACAGCUUCACUCUCUCUCUCUUUGGAUCCACACCGCCAUCUCUUCUCCACUCCCCACUUCACUCCCUCCUCAACCUCACUUCUCAUCCCCAAACACCCUUCUAGACUCUUCCACAACUCCAAAUCUUACACUCUCAAAUCCUCCUCCUCUUCUUCUUCUACUACUCCAAGCUCUUCAUUUCUCGAAGCCCCACUAAGAACAGGCAGGUUCCUCAGCAAUGAAGACCUCGAGAAGCUCAAGUCUCUUGAGAAUUUCAGCUACUAUCAGGAGCUUGAAUCCGGGUCGAUGUGGGUUCGGGUCAUGAGGUCAGAGGAGUUGGACAUCACAGUUGGGCUUUUAGCUGAGUCUUUUGCUGAGUCAAUGCUUAUGCCUUCUGGGUAUGUGGCUCUGUUGGGUUUCUUGGUCAAACAGUACUUGAUGGAGAGAAGAGAGCUCAUGCCCCACACUGCUACGCUUAUUGGGUUUUACAGAAGCAACAAAGAUGAAGGUAAAGAUGAGAGCUUUGAGGUUAAAGGUGAGAGCUUUGAGGGUAAAGGUGAGCGCUUUGAGGAGAAAGAUGGAGGGUUUGGAGGAGAAGAUGAAGGUGGAGUUUUGGCGGGAACUGUGGAGGUUUGCUUUGACAAAAUGGGUGCCAAUGCUUCUACUCCGACGCCAACUCCGCCCAAGAAUUCGCCUUAUAUAAGCAACAUGGCAGUGAGGAAGCCGCUUCGGAGGAGGGGAAUUGGCUGGCAUCUUUUGAAGGCAAGUGAGGAACUGAUUUCUCAGAUGAGUUCUUCAAGAGAGGCGUACUUGCAUUGCAGAAUGAUCGAUACAGCUCCAUUCAACAUGUAUACAAAAGCAGGUUACAACAUUGUAAAGACAGAUAGCAUUCUGAUUCUACUGACAUUGCAGAGGCGUAAACACUUAAUGUACAAGAAACUUCCAGUCUUGACCAGCUUUUCAGAAUCAGAAACUUUGUGUUCUGAAGACAAUGAAAAUCAUUAUUGAAUAUGUGAAGUACGUGAUGUGUGUUUUUUAGGAUAAUUGGUCAGAGGUCUUUGAGGGUGAAGAUUAUUCAGCUGAUUGAAGUUUGGCUAGAGGCUGAUUGACCCUAUGUUCCAGCAAGUCGUGCUUUCCUUUGUGUUCACGUAUGGUAGAGAAUUGUUUUGUUGCAGGUAAUCUUAUCAGGCAUUUUCCGUUUUAUUUACGUG